AUGGGAUUUGUUGAUAACGAAGUCUUUCUUGAAGAAGUUUUAAAGCUUUACAAAUUAUCAAAAACAAAAAAGUGUGGAAGUGUUUGGGUAACAUUUAAACAGGCACAUUUGAAAAAAGAAAUUCCAGGACUUGCUUGUGAUGGUUGUCUUGUUCGUGCAACAAAUGGAAGUAAGAAAUUUGCUACUAUUGUCAAGCCAAAGGAAGUUGGUAAGUUUAAUUCAAAGUUAACUACAAUUAUGAACACUCAAUUUGGACUACAACGUUUAAAUUAA